UUUCCAAUCGGGAUCAGCGGCAGGUAGAGAGAGAGAGAGAGAGGGGCAAGCAAAGCGAGCAGAGAGCUUUGUUUAACUGCGCCACGCUGUCCUCGCUGGGGAAAGACGAGUGGAGCAGCAGCAGCAGCGCCACACACACACACACACGCAACGUGCUCUUUCCACCCCCCCCUCCCCUUCCUCUCCUCCCCCUUUACACUUUUAUAUGAAGCUACAAAAUCCAAACUCCAUCGUCCGACAGAAACACUAAAAGUGGAACAGGAUGAAAGCUGCAAAGAAAGCCUUCACCAGUAGCCAGAGGAGACCAGGGGACAUGACCAUGUCAGACAGCGAGACGGGAGAAGACGAUGGCAGCUUGUCUUCCGACAUGGCCCAUUCCAAGAAGAGGAAACGACAUGUGAUUUUUUCCAAAGAGUCGGUGAAGAUCCUGAGGGACUGGCUGUACGAACACCGACUGAACGCCUAUCCAUCCGAGCAAGAGAAGCUCAGCUUGUCUGGACAGGCGAAUCUAACAGUAUUACAGGUUUCCAACUGGUUCAUCAAUGCAAGGAGAAGACUUUUACCAGACAUGCUGCGGAAGGAUGGCAAAGACCCUCUUAAAUUCACCAUUUCACGCAAAAGCAAGUCCUCUGAGUUAAACCCAUCUCGAAGCAUUAGUGGACCAAACCCAUUAGAGAAUUCCGCUUCAGCUACCACCUCCACUCUUUUGUCUGCAUCUGUUCGGCCUUCUGUCAUCUGCCAUGCAACAACAUCGAUGGUUAAAGACAUGCCUUUACUCUUCUGCCCAGACUCUGGCAACGACAGUAAGAAAACCUCAAAACUGACUGACCAAGAGUUAGUUCGACCCCUGUUUAACACUGAUAACCCCACUACUUUGGUGACAUGCACAGAUUCAACUAGUCCUAAUAAUGGACUGUUCAACACACCACCUCCCACUCCACCAGAGCUCCAUCAGGACUUCAGUGGGUUUCAGUUGCUGGUGGAUGUUGCACUCCAGCGGGCUGCUGAACUGGAAUCUCAGAAACAGAAUAUUAAGAUUUCAUCUUAAACACAUGCAUCAAGGAAUGUGGUGAAUGGGAGUAGAAGUGUAGAUAUCUGAGAAACCUUUCGGUUGGUUCUAGCCUGUGAAUGGGCAGUAGCGCAUUACUUAAAAUCCAUCUUGGAGAAAUGAUUAUCAAAAUGCAUUUCUUCUGGCUGGAGAAAUAGCUUAAAGUCUAUCCACUUGAACUUGAGGUUAAUCUCUCGUGGCUGCCCGGUUAAUUGUAGACCCUUGAAUCGAAGGGUUGCAAUAAUUAUUUUUAGUAGUAUUCUCAGAAGCUCCAUUGUAGCUUUGCACUCUGCAAACUGUAGAUUCUGGGACUACAACAUAGUAAGCAUUAUUAGCAUUCUGUACUUUGACUGCAAAUAUAAAUGAGCUAUACUCGUACUUCAAGAAACUGAAGAUUACCUAAUUUGUUCAGGUUUUAUGUUGACUGGCCAAUGUGUCUUGUUUAAAGAUUUGGUCUUAUAGUUGUUUUUCUUAAGUGACGCUGCUUUCGUUGAAACAGAUGUAUUGAGUACAAAACAAAAAUGCAGUGUCAAGGUAACCCAAAGUAGUGUGGAUGACCAGGACGGGAAAUUCUCUUGCACAUUCUUUAGUCCUUAAUAUGUGCAAAGUGUCUGAAUCAUAAGAUAUUAGGAGAAUAUUUUUUCAUUUGUAUAUAAUGGAUCUUUACUACUGAGCUGAAGAAUUGUAACUUUAAAUUGUGGUUCUGUUAGAGGCAAAUUAUAAGAUAAAAGUGGAACUUCUCUAAUCACUACUCAAUAGGUUAUGAUAUAGCAAUGUGACAUUAGCUCUAAGGUAUUCAUUUGUAACUUGAGUACAGAACUAUUAAAAAGGUAAACUAAUUUCUAUUUGUUAGUUCUAUCUGUGAAUGUAGCUGUCUGAUUUUUUUUAAUUUUUUAAAAUGUAGUACAUUGUUAAAGGUGAUGUGAAAAUUCCUUUUUAAACAGUAGUGCUAAGAUCAUUAUCUGAUAGGCUGGGAAUUCACAUAAGUUUUCAGAUUCUAAAACUUGUUUGGUAGAUGACAUUCAACACAGUUACAUAAGAAAACGUAUUGUGAAGCAAAAAGACUUAUUUAGAAAAUGGGGAACCAGUGAUUUUAAAAUGAUGACCCUUAAAUAACCAAAAUACUACUUGUCUCCAGUGUGUGGCAGUGGUACAAUGUAAGAUUGGGACUGAUACCAGCAACUUGAGCUGUCUUUCAAACAAACCAUUUCUGCAAACUGAAUUUAGGCUAAUGCAUGGAUUUGUUUUCAGACCAUCUACUUUUGUCCUUGCAGCUGUUUCAUACAUCAGCCCUUUAUUGCAAAUCAUAUACAUGGCCAAACUCUGUACCUAGGGUUCUACAAUGGAGUUUUACAUAAACGCUACUUGUGUUGGAAGCUUUAAAAAUUUGGUUCAGUGUUAAUGCAAAAAGGGGCUUUGCAGAUCAUGUAUAUAAGUGAGAUAAAUGCAAAUGUGCCUUAUGAUGGUGGUUUUUUUUUUGCUAUUUGAAGGGACCACCCAACUAUUCAAGUCUUCAAUUUCAAUCUGUGCAAUAUUUAAAGGAGUUCUUUCAACUCUAUUCUUUGUCUUACAGGAACAUUGAUCACAUCUGUGAAUUUUUUUUAAUACCACUCUAAUAAAAAUCUUGACGUUU